UCAGCGCAGCAACAGCAACUGCUGAUCAUUUCUUUUCAUUUCUCUUACAAGGCCGAUUGGCUUGUUUCGAGGUUAAUGAUGGGUAAGCCGUUCUAUGCUCCUUUGCAUGCACUGUUCUCCCGUGCAGGCUUUACCCUGAUGAACAAAAAUUUCCUCUUGAACAAUCCAAAUCCGACAAUUCAUGACGGAUACACUUGGUGUCCAUCCUCUGAUACAAGUUGUCAUGGGAGAUGUGCUUGCACUCUAUCGUACUGCAAUUGAGUGCUAACAUGUCGUCCUUAGAGCUUUUGCUACCGUCUUACCUUGGAAUCCAUGCUAUUCAAUGGAUUAUUCAAAAGGUACGCUAUUCACACAUCUACACAUGCCCCAAAAAACAAUACACCUUGCAUGAGGAACAUUUGAACGAACGGGCGGACAGAUCGCGUCUUUUCAUCGCUAUCCACUACAACAGGACGUACAAACCUGUUGGGUAGUUGAUGGUUAGAUUGCUUGUUGAGAUUUCGUCACCUGACUAUAUGCUACACACCUGCUUAAUACCAUCUUCUCCUGUCACUGCGGCAGUUCAAUGGCUGGAAAUGAAUGCUAACGUCGUUGCCGUUGAUCAGGUUUGAUAUCACAUCG